AUGACUGCAAGUAUUACAAAAAUCUUAACGUUCUCGAAGUUUUGUGAUGUCUUGAUAGAACUGAAAAAUGCGGAUACAAUGAACAGCAAGGGCGAUAUCAUUAAACAGUUUUACGAAAACAGUAGGAAUCAGUUCGAAGAUGAAGCCGUUUUUCUAAAACAACUAGAACCAAUCAUUCUCUUGUUUUUGCCUGAUUCCAAUGAUACUCUCAAAUUGGAUUUAGGACCAAAAAAGUUAACGGAUUUGAUUUUAAAAACAUUCGAUAUCCGAGAAUUGAGAUCUGUUACAUCAACGAAUGCAAACGAAGUAACAGAGCUAUUGGCUAGGGAAAUCAUUAAGAGAUUCACAUUGAAAUGUUUGAAUUUGACGUUGGAUCAAAUCUAUGAGGGAUUAAGUAAGAUAAGUAAAUUGAAAGGAGCAGACAGAGAAAAGGAGUUAUUCGGGCUUAUACAAAACUUGAGUGAAGGGGAGCUAGUAUGGUUUCUCAAUAUAAUGAUUAGGAACAUCGAGAAAUAUGCUGGAUAUACUCGAACCAUGUUUCUAUCCCAUUUAUCCCCAAAUGCGAAUACAGCAUGGCAUAUGAGAAGGGAUCUGAGAUCGGUACUCAUGAAUAAGUUCGAGGAUAAUGAAGAACGAGAGCCCGAUUUUUAUCUUGGUUGUAACUUUAGUCCUAUGUUAUUAGCUCGACUAACAAUUGGUGAAGUUGAGGAUCAAAUGAGGAACUUGCAUGGUGGCUUUUAUUUGGAAACUAAGUUUGAUGGGGAACAUGUGAUCUUACAUAAAAAUGGGGAUGACUAUAAAUGGUUUACACGAAAUGGAAAAGAUUUCACAAUGAACUAUGGGUCAAAUAAAAAUGAAAAACUAGCUGCAGCUAUUCAUUCCUUCUUCAAACCAACACUGAAGCAAUGCAUACUGGAUUGUGAGUUGAUGCAUUAUGACGAAGCAACUGGAAAGCUGAUUCGUCACUUAGAUCAUGCAAGUGAUGGAAUUGUUCUGAACUAUAGUAACCCUCAGCCUGGCCAUCGAAUAGUCGUGGUUGUGUUCGACUUACUUUACAUUGGCGCUACCAUCAACGGAUGUGAGCAUAAGGAUGAUCUCACCAUCACUCCACUUAUGGAUCGCGUUGAAAUUAUGAAUGCCAGGCUGUUGAAAGACAACAAGGGUAAAAAUGAUCGCAUAUUCCUGGCACCCAGAGCAGAAGGAAGCACAGCUGAAGACAUCAAACAGUUUUUCACCGAAGCAAUGGAGAAGAGGGAAGAAGGAAUCGCAAUCAAACGGAAAGAUUCGCUUUAUGCCAUUGGCAAACGUAACAAAAGGAAUGGCUGGUUCAAAUUAAAAGAUAGAUUUGACAUGGAUCUGGUAAUGGUUGGUAUUUGUCCACCUAAAGAUGAGAGAGGAAUGUCAUUCUUACUGGCAGCUUGGGAUGAAACAAGCUACACUGGCAAGAAUUUGCAUGUGAUUUGUAAAACGUUCACAGGAUUGUCGGAUAUGGAUAGAAAGAAAGUACUACAAGAUGUUCGGAAAUCAGGUCCGUUACUGAAAGAACCUCCAGAGUGUUUGAUUGGUUGGACAUCAGAUUCUACUUAUGAGUAUUUCCGAUCAAGUGAUUGGCUGAUAGUGGAGGUUACUGCAUACGGUGUUCGCAAUGGUCAUCUGGUUGAUUCUGUUAUUAGAAGGAUACGGACAGAUAAAGAAAUAUGCAGAGAAGAUAUUGAUGAAUAUCGUGUUAUCAGAAAAUAUGAUCCAGCCAAGAACGCCUCUAAACCUAACAAAGAAACAGGAGCAAGUAUAACACGGAAAAGAAUUACGAAAAAAUCUGUAUUUGAGCAGAGCUUGUUUCCGGCAAAGAAAAGUAGUCUUGAUGGACCCGCUGUACAAUCUCCUCUGAAAGAUGUGUGCAUAUGCGUGCUUCAAAGCUUUGAUAGUAACCUUCGCACAAAGUGUUGUGAAAUAUUAGAAGGUUUUGGUGCGAACAUAGUUGCAAACGCAAAUGAUGAUACUCUGUUACUCGUCGCGCCUUCGGAAAAUCACAUGGUGGUAACGAUGUCAAAGAAAAAGAAUAAGUUCAACAUAAUCAAAGCCGAUUGGGUAUUACGUUGUGAAAAGGAUAAUGUGGUUGAGCCCUGGAUUGCCAGUGAUAUCAUUCAUGAAGUAGCAGACGGAUUUACACUCAGUGAAUAA